AGAGAACAUUCGUUAUGGCUUUUACAGGGAAGUAUGUGCUGGAGAGCACCGAGAACUACGAGGAGUUCUUGGAAGCUCUUGGAAUUAAUAUCCCAAAAAACCAAGGAAAUGAGGAAAUCAUAACAGAGAUCUAUCAGAAUGACGAGUUCAGCGUGACUAAAUCCGUGAAGGAUAAAACCUGGUACAACAAAUUCUCCAUUGGGAAGGAGUCGGAGCUGCAAACUGUGGAUGGCGAGAAAUUCAAGACCACUGUCACUCUGGAGGGAGGUAAAUUGAAGAUUCAGUUUCCCAAAUUCCUUUACACUGCUGAGGUGGUCAAUGACAAGCUCGUCGAGGUCCAAGCUGUGGGUGCAGUAGCCACCAAGAUGAUUAGCAAGAAAACAAAAUGAGUCAAAUUAAGAUCUCAUUAAAUUAUAAGACAAUAAAUCAUUAACUCUCA